AUGACAAAUGCCAAUUAUAAACCUACCACGAUUACCAAGAGGAUUUCUGCUGUGGACCGUGAGUCGUUGGUAGCUAAGGUGGCUGGUAGGAUUGACCCUUGGUUGGUGAAAAAUCUGUCUUUUGCAGGGAGAUUACAGCUAGUCUCUUCUGUUCUCUUUAGCCUCCAAGUUUUCUGGGCUAGAGUGUUCAUCCUCCCUAAAAAUGUGAUUCGGCUUCUUGAACAGAAAUUCAACAUAUUUCUUUGGUGUGGUGAAGAUUCCAAAGCUAAAGCUAAAGUGUCUUGGGAUAGGUUGUGCUGUCCAAAGGUUGAAGGUGGUCUUGAGCUUAAAAGACUCGAGAUUCGAGUUCCUAAGAGCUGCUCUUGGAGUUGGAAAAAACUUCUCAACCUCCGGGAUGUUGCUAAAGAGUUCUUGAGUUUUAAAGUUGGGAAGGGGCAUGCUAUUUCUCUUCGGUUUGAUGCUUGGCACCCAGCUGGGAGGUUGGUUGAUACCUAUGGGAGUAGGAUUGUUUAUGACUCUGGAAUUGGCCUUGAUGCUCGAGUGUCCGCUGUUCUACAGAAUGGGGACUGGAGUUGGCCCCCUGCCUGGUCAGAUGCUCUGGUUGAUAUACAGAGCAUGCUUCCGAGUAUAGCUAUUGGUGAGGUAGAUGUGCCUGUGUGGAAAUCUAAGACAGCGGAAGGCAAUUACAACCAAAGAACGGAUGUGUGGGGUGGGGUUUUUCUGGACAUUCCCUUUGCAGAUUCUGUUUCCACUGCCAAGAAUCCAUUGAGCACCUAUUGGUACUGCAAGUUGAAGGGGAAAGGGCUGCAGGUUAUUCUUUGCAAGUUGUGUUUGGCUGCAACUGUUUAUCAUGUGUGGAGAUUGAGAAAUGAUCUCUGCUUUGGAAAUACUUCCCUAGCCUGUCGGAAGAAGCCUUGUUGUAAGCUUGUUUGA